CCUCCCUCAGACUCGCCUUGAAGAUCAAAAUGGCCCUCGAAACCGUUAGGGCGAAUUUGCAAAAGCUCGAAGAAUUUCUGUCUAGACACCCGGAAAUCCAACAUGUCACAUCGUCCUCCCCAGAAUAUGAUAGCACCCGGGCUACUUUUGUGGCCCGCCCGGAUGUCACUCCAAGUGCAAUCGUCCGACCACCAACCAUCGAAGAUGCUGUCUCUAUCGUAUCCUUCUUAAUUACAAAUAAGAUCGAGUUCACCGUUCGAGUUGGCGGCCAUGAUAUGUUGUCAAGAACAUUCAAAGAUAUGAUUGUCGGAGUAGACCUCCGACUCAUCAACCACGUAGUGAUAGACGAGAAUCAUCUCACAGCUCGAGUCGGAGGCGGGAUUCUAAUAGGUGAUCUUUCUAGGAAGCUCCAUGAGCAUGGGCUAGCAACUGCCACGGGUACAAUCUCCCCCGUUGGGUACGUUGGCUGGGCCAUGUAUGGCGGCUACGGGCCAUAUAGCACUCAGUUUGGACUGGGUGUCGACCACAUAAUAGCUGCCAAAAUUAUUAAUGCUCAGGGAGAACUAGUUGAGGCCGAUGCGGAUCUUCUGAAAGCGAUUCGCGGCGCUGGGGGGGCAUUUGGGGUUCUGGUCGAGGUGACUAUUCAAGUUCAUCGGCUGGAUAAGAUAUUGGCUGGUGUACUCUUCCUUAAGUCCGACGAUAUACCUGCCGCUGUUCGGCAGUAUAAUGAGGGUUACAGAAGGCUAUCGGCUGAGGGGAUUCCAGCAGCUCUAACCAUUGCACAAGCCGCUGUUAACACACCACAGGGCCUGGCUCUCUUAUUGCUUGUUAAUUGGAGUUCUCUUGAUUUUGAGUCUGGAAAGAUUUGGGUCGAUAAAAUAUCUAGACUUGCUCCUGUAGUACUGAACACGGUCAAGGAGACGACUCCGCCGGGCUGGUUAGAAGAGGCAGGCCGACUAGUCCCUAGGGAAACUCAAGGUCGCAUGUAUACGAUCAAUGUGAAAGCUAUCACCAACGAGGUUGUCGACGUGAUCAGCACCCAUUUACAGAGAAUGCCGUCUGACCCUCACAUAAUCUGGGACAUGCAUGAGCUCCGUCGCUCAUCUCCGUCAGCAAGGCCAAGGUCAGACUCCGUAUUUGCCGCCCGGGAAGGUCAUUUCAUGUUCGAGAUCGUUUCCAUCGCGGAGAAGAAGGAGAAUCUGGAUUCGGUUUUGGCUUGGGGCAAAGAGUUUCAAGAAGCGUUGUACAAGACAGAUCCGGAUAACAUACUGGCCGCUACCUACCUUUCGAUGACAGCACCGGAUGAAAUAGAUUUGACUAAGGUCUUCGGCGAGCAUUACGAAUUUAUGCGAGAGUUCAAACAAAGUCAUGACCCUCAUGGUGUUUUUUCGAAUGGUUACGUACGUUUCUGAUGUUCUCCUGCAUGUAUAUAUCAAGGCGUCCAGCUCUAGGCUUAUUGUCCUCUGAGAGAGUUUACUAAAGAGUUUGGUCCAAGAAACUUCACACAAAUCUCGAUAUGAACGACAAUUUAGAUAUCUG